UGGGAGACGCCUGGCCGCGCUAAGCCAGCUUUCUGUUCUGGCUCCCUCUGAGCUUUGCUCCCUGACCUUGGAUAGUCAGCUUUCUCUUCCGGAGCUUACUGUCCACAUCAUUGAAAUGGGGCGUUUGGACUCCUUGUCUAGCCAGGCUUUUCUGCCCUAAACUUUUGGGACUGUCGCCCCUCUGAUCUGUUGGACUUGCAGUGUAAUGACGCUGAGUUUGAAGAAGGAAAGCCGCUUGCUUUCUUUUCAAAGCAGCCUAGCCAGGCGCUUAGUGGUCGGUGAGGCUGGCAAGCUCUGUGCACAGAUGGGACCUCUGGGGGCUUGAGUCUGCACAGCCUGCGACUGGAAAAUCUGGUUCAAAUGUGGGCUCCCUAAGGGACUGUCAGAAGUCUCGGUGCUUGCUCCCUCUGUGCUCUGCUUACCUUUACGUUGGGCUCCCUGACUUGGGUGCUGAAGGCUAGCGGGGCUGAGGAGAUGGUAAAUGGUCAACCUCUGCCUUUGGGGUUCUGCCUUCAUCCUCGUUGCCCUGUAGUCUCUGGACUGGAUGAGGAUCUACAGAGGAAGUCCUGAACCCAUCCCGACCACUGGUCUGAACCCAUUCAAAUUUGAUAUGGCUCCUUUCAGUCUCCACUUUGGUGAAGCCUAGGAACGUCUAGGCAUCCCUCCAUCUCCCAAGUUGCUCCCCUUUGCUGCCUGAUUUCCUCCUCAUCUCUGACAGUUCUCUCUGAGUGCCUUUCCCAGUGGAUGGUGAUCCCUUCAGGGAGAGCUGAGCAGAGACUUCAUGUUGCAUUCUUGGUUUUACAGUCAGGGGCUGGCCCUAGAAGGUUCUCAAGGAAUGUUUGUGGAGUAGGUUGAUAACAGCUACCUUCUCUCAGUAACCACCCUUUUCCAGAUCUUGUGAAUAUGGAACCGCAGGAUAAUCCUAAAUUACUCUCCUUGUCCCGGCCCCAGGAAAUGGAGGCAGAGAGAAGUCCUGUAUGUUGCUCAAGGUGGAACGUGGUUGGGCUGGGCAGGUUACUUUUAGCCAGCCCACACAGCCUUAGGUGUAGGACCGGAGUCUGCUGAUUGGGUCUCUGUGGGCAGCUGAGGGGGCUGAUGUGAGUGCUGUGAUUUCUGCCCACAACACAAUGCUUCAUUGUGGGAUUUUGCAACCAGUGGAUCCUUGUGUGCCGUCCCAGGCUUCAGCAGCUCCAGCCGGUGUCAGCUCCUCCCCGCCUUUUCAACACUCCAGCGUUGGGAGGCUUAAGUGUGGCCCCGAGUCCUCUGCUUGGAGUACAGCUAUCAAGGUUGGGCCUGCCUUGUGGUCUCCUAUUGAUCAGAGGAAGUGAGGAGUGUCAGCUCUGGGCAUAACCUUGAGGCUGUUUUUGUGUCUUUUGUACCUCUUGGGGGAGGAUGGAAAGCAGGUAUGGUAAGGUUGGCUGGUAAGUAUCCAGUGUGUUUGAGACUGCUGCUGUGGGCUGGGUCAAGCCUGAGCAAAGAGGAGACUGUCUUCCUAUGAGGACUGUUGCAGAGUGACUGGAAUUUCUUUCUAUAUCAUGCCUGGGAAACAUGGUUUCUUCUGAUCUACUCAAAGGUGGCUUCAUGAAUAAGCUGUAAGGAAGCCAGACCAGGCAAGCCCAGAGGUAUGAGGGCAUGGUACUGUGGCCUGAGGCUCUGGAGCCACAUGCCGGAAUCCUUCUCUGGGCCUGAUAGCCACCCAGCUUUGGAAAGGGCAUGUCUCGACCGUGAAACAGGAAAACCAUGUUGAGGAAAGGAAGGAACCUGGGCUAUGGGCAGAGUACUGAACACCAUGCUUACACUUGCUGUUGUGUUCCUAAAGCAGCUGAAUGAGGCAGGCCUCCCUGCCCCCAUUGUACAGAUGCUCACAGUAGAGUUCAGGCACAAGGGUUGGGGGGGUAGGGUGUUGAAGGUGAAUGUCACAGAGCACAUGAAGGACUGUGCACUGAUUCCCGCUCAGGCUUUCUGGCUCCAAAGCUUUCAUAUUUUCCUAACAUUUUGUUGCUUUCCGGCCUUAGGCUCCCAUGUAGGACAGGGGUGAAAAAAUGUUAACAUCCAUCUUUUAUCUGUUCUUCGUUGGGAGAAGAGGCUCCCAAGGUACCUUCUAGACUCACCCUUCCUAACACUGCGACCCUUUAAUACAGCUCCUCAAUUGUGGUGACCCCAACCAUAAAACUAUUUUUGUUGCUACUUCAUAACUGUCAUUUUGCUACUGUUAUGAAUUGUAAUGUAAAUACCUGUGUUUUCCAAUGGUCUUUGGGAGGUCAUAGGUUGAGAACUACUAUUCUAGAGCCUAAAGUUGGGCUGGCUUCAGGUACAUGGACCUGCAUGGUUGCUCAGGGCUUCCUCGUCUAGAGUCAUCUUUCCCGACAGUUUGGCUUUGUUAUGCUGCCACAGUCUUAAUUUCUUCAGUUUUUGUGUGAGUGUGGGUACGCACAUGCCACAACAUGACCGUAGAGGUCAGGGUACAACUCUUGAGAGUAGGUUCUUACCUCCCACCUUGUUGAGGCAUGGUCUGUCUGUCUGUAUUUCUUUUUUUUGAUUUAUUUAUUAUUAUUAUAGAUUUAUUUAUAACAUUUUAAAUGAUUAAAUAUAUUUAUUUAUUAUUUAUAAUAAACUAUAGGUUUAUUCAUUAUUUUAUGUGUUUUGCCUGCAUGUAUGUCUGUACUACGUGUGUGUCUCUGGUACCCUUAGAGGUCAGAAGAGGGUGUUGGAUCCCCUGGAACUGGAUUUAUGGAUGGUUGUGGGCCACCAUGUGGGUUCUGGGAACUGAACCCUGGUCUUCUGUAAGAACAACAAGCGCUCUUAACUCUGGACCAUUUGUCCAGCCCCCGGCUCGCUCUCCUUGUUGCCUGGUCCGUGAGCCCCUGGCCUUCGUCUUCCACCCCUGCCUGCUAUCUCACCGUAGGGACAGUGCAAUUGUAGACAUGCCUGCCACAUCAUCUGGCUUUCAUGUGGGCAUCUGGGGUAGAACUCAGGUCGUCAGGCGUGUGAGGCAAGUGCUGCUGAAUCAUCUCCAUGACCCCACAUCCUUGCGUUCUGAACAGGAGUCCCCACAUUUUCAUUUUGCAGGUCAUCCCACACCCUCUGCAGCCGCUCCUGCUGAAGCAUUGGGGUAAACAGUGAAGAGGACAUAAGGAUCAGUUUCUCCCUGUGGAGGCAAGUGGAGGGGAGACGUUGCCCCAGCAUGAACUGCACCCCCAGAAACAGGAAGUAGAAACUAAAGCAGCUGUUUGUCUGCCAUGGCCUGUGAGCCUCCUACAGACCCUGGUGGGGCAGCUUGUCCCCUGCCCACCUCUGUCCUGGGCUGCAGCACCUUGCCUCAGAGGAGUCCUCCUGGAUGGGGGCAAGAGCUGCACAAUGGCCAGGUCCUCACAGUCCUCCGGAUCGACAACACCUGUGCACCCGUCUCCUUUGACCUGGGAGCUGUAGAGGAGCAGCUACAGGCCUGGGGCAUUCAGGUCCCUGCUGAGCAAUACAGGAACUUGGCUGAGAGUGCCCUCUUGGAACCUCAAGUGAGGAGGUAUAUCAUCUACAACUCCAGGCCUAUGCGGCUGGCCUUUGCUGUGGCUAACACUAACACAGACCUGAGGCUGGUGGCCGUCAAUGGAGCCCUUCUGAGACACCGGGUGCUGCUGGGGGUGACAGACACAGUGGAAGGCUGCCAGAGUGUGAUCCAGCUCUGGUUUGUCUACUUUGACCUGGAGAACUGUGUGCAGUUUUUGUCUGAUCAUGUUCAAGAAAUGAAGAGGAGCCAAGAGUCCUUGCUGAGAAGCAGAUUAAGCCAGCUAUGUGUUGUCAUGGAGACGGGAGUGAGCCCUGUGGUGGAAGGGCCUGAGGACUUGGAGGAUGCCCCCCUCCUGCCCAGCACUCCUGGUCCUCAGGAGAGACCACUCAUGCAGACUGAACUCUAUCAGCUUGUUCCGGAGGCUGAGCCGGAGGAGAUGGCCCGGCAACUGCUGGCAGUGUUUGGUGGCUACUACACUCGGCUCCUGGUGACCUCUCAGCUCCCCCAGGCAAUGGGAACUCGACACACAGACUCUGCAAGGGUCCCAUGCCCCUGUCAGCUCAUAGAAGCACACAUUCUGGGCACAGGAUGCUGCCCAUUCCUGGCCAGGUGACCUAGGGACAAAGAUGUUCAUCUUCCUCCAAGACUGAGAAGUGGGGGAGGAGUCAGGAGCCUGGCAUGGCUGACAGUGAGCUCAGAUGAGAUCAGCAUUUGGGGACACUUUGGAGAGUGUCUGUCAUGUUAGCCAUGGGGUCAUCAAGGGCACACCAGAUGGCCACAGUUGUUGGCAUCUUAUGCUGCCCUGGCCUUGCUGAAUCUGGUGGCUGAGCUGGAGUUGCCUGGGCCUGCAUCCUGGGUAGAGGAUCCCGUCUGUGGCCUGUGGAGCACCAGAGACCUGCAGCCGACUCUACAGGGCUCAGAGAGGACACUGCUCUCUCCGAAUUGCCCCAGGCUGCUGAUGUCAUAAGUACACCCAUUUCCAGUGUGAGAGAAGGUCUUGGAAGGCUGAACCAGCGUGUGAACUACAGUACUGUCUGGGCUUGUCUGUUAGCCCCUGGGCUGUAGACAACAGGGCUGCAGAACAGGGGUGACGAGACCAGGCUUGGUGACCAUCAACAGGGGCACUUGGCAAAGAACACCCUGUGGGUGGGACUCAGACUGAUUUUGUGUAGCAACAUGCUGUCUUGUGAUCGAAAUUCUGUCCUGCAGAGCAACAGUGGUGUUUUCUGACAUUCCACUGUUCUGGAAUGAGGUGUGAUCAGACACUCUGAGUUUGAAUAAAGAGCUCAGCAACCUCCCCAAGAGCUUGAAGACUUCCCACAGCUCCAUGUCCAAAGCCCUCGUCUGAUAUGAAGGUCCAGCUCCAAGAUCCAGCCUUCGUGGUUUCUGUCCCCCACAAAUCACCAUUAUAAGUUGGACCUCUUCCCUGAACUGGCAGACGUGUUCCUAUUGGACUCUUAUUCAUGUUUCAAAAUCCCUUCUGCUGCUUUCUGUCUCAUUGAAAUUCCUGAUGGAGCUGUUCCUAUUAUUGAUGUUUUAUGUUAUUCCAUUUUUCUCCUGUACAAACCUCUUUUUCUAUCGAAGACUGUAAACUCCUUAAGGUCCAACACUAUAUCCAUCUUCCUUUUGUGAAUGACCUAGACUUGCUUAGAACAAAAUAAUUCUGAAAAGUCCCGUGGAUCGGUUGGUUGCCUUAUCCUCUCCACCAGUUGUGGCAAAUUGUUCUGCAAACGUGGUUGAUGAGACCCAGGGCAUGAUGGACCAGAGUUCUGGUCUUGAGUUCUUUCACUUUAUUUGUCCACCCUCCAUGUGCUGCAUGGUUCUGGUCAUUUCCAGCUUAUUGUGCUGUUUGUUAUUCUUACCUCGGUGCACAAAGUGUUCCCUUGACCCCAGCCGAGGUGAUAUGACAUCACGGGGUUCUGGCGAAGCUAGUAACCUGGGUUCUUGUUGCAUAUCUGCCAACUCUAGGGCUGCGUAGACAUGGCUGGGUGCAUUGCCUUCUCGGUGUGUCCACGGACUUCUUAUGGCAGAGCCCUGUGGUGGCCUGAAAUGGCAGAGCUCUGUGGUGGCCUGAAAUGGCAGAGCUCUGUGGUGGCCUGAAAUGGCACAGUGCAGCAGACUUUCUGGGUAAGACAUAUCCUACCUCUUUACUUUCUCUGUGUCCAAGAUGGCGGAGUCCCCCAGCCACGUCCGGGGUAACUUUGCUUAGUGGAAUUAUUCACUGUGGGAAAUGUCACUGAAUUUGAUCAAGGGAAACUGUGCUUGUCAUCUGGUCACCGAUCCCUUCGGUAUAAUGAUGGUGAAUAAAGCUGUGUUUGGUGAAUGAC